CCCCCCCAUCUCUCUCUCACUGUUUUCUCCAGUUUUUGCAGACUCUCACUCAGCGUCUUCUUUUUUGAACUCGGAAGCCCUUGGGCUUUCCGAGUGUUUUGCCGCUUGAGCUGCCGGGCUCUUCGGCUACUCAAGCCUCCUGGAGCCGGUUACGUGCUCCCUGCUCCGAUGACCCCUGGGUGGUCUGUCGGCUUUUGGGAUCCCUUCUGGUGGUCCUUUUCUUGUUUUUUUUUCUGUUUUUCUGUUUGUUUUGUUCGUUUGGGCUUAGAUCCGGUGGCCGUCCAACCCUCACGCGGAUCUACCGUGGUGGUCGCUGGGUUCCCAGAUCUGGUGGCCACCGCCGGUUUGGCUUCCCGCCUCGGCGUCCUGGAGACUAAGCGCCACUCCUACACGAGUAGAUUGAAGGGUGUUCAGUUAUCUGGAUCGUUCGACCAGAGGAACCGGUAAUCUGCUCCUUUGAGGUUGUCCGGGUGCACUGUUCACCUCCCUUCCUUGCCACUGCAAUUGGGUCUACUCCGGAUUUACUCUCCAGCUGUACUCUCUCUGGUUGUUUUUUUACUCUUAUCCCGUGGAUAAGAUUUUCUGUAGAUGCCGUAAUGGCGGUGCUGUAAUGCAGUGCUUUCUCUGUGUUCAAAAAAUGACUUGUAAAUGAAUCUAAAAAAAUUAA